GCCGUCGUCGUCAUCCUCCUCCCUCUACAGCGCUAUCGUCGUCAUCCCCCUCCGUCUACAGGGCCAUCACAACUCGUCAUUCCCCGAGGAAGAAGGUUCGUCCAUCUGUGGAGCAGCUGGAGGAGUCUGCCCGGUCUGCAAACAACUAAGCUGGAGCGCGUUACGUAAGGCUGCGAAGUUCGGGUGAAGAAUCACCAAUCUGUAAUUCUUAGCCUCGGAGCAGAGAGGAGAGUCACUGCAUUAUGGGCGAUGCGGGUCAAAUGGAAUUUGCUAUAGGGGACGAUGUGGAUGAGAGUAGGUUAGACAGACAAGAGCUCUUGGCUCUGGAAGAAACUGCGAGGAAGAAGUUCCAGGAGUUGUUGAACAAGCAAGAAGCAGAAGGGAAGAUAUCGGGAGAUGGACUGAAGGUGCAGAAGCAGCACAAGUGUGAGGCAUGCCCAGCAAAGUCACAGAGCAUUUUUCUGAGUUUUCAGGCUCUGAUCAAUCAUGCACAGUCGUUCAAGAAGAAGAACUGGCACAUUCACAGAGGGUACGCAAAGGCGCUAGAGGCGUUCCGAAAGGGGCACAUGGAAGCACCAGAAAAUGCAGUAAAAGUGGAGCAAGGGCAGGAGGGAGAGGUGGUAUGGCCUCCGACAGUCAUCUUGUGUAACACAUUCAGGAGCCAAGACGCGCAAGGAAAAUGGGCUAGCUUAGGAAAACAGCAGCUGCCGCCAGUGCUCUUGAUGCUAAUGGAAGGUAAAGGCAGGUUCCGCCCUAUCUACACGAAAACAGGCCACAGGGGUAUGAGCUUUGUUGUAUUUGGGAGCGAGGAGGAUGGAGAAGGGUAUAGGCAUGCCCAAGAGAUGGCAGAAUUCUUUUUCCUGCAAGGGAAGGGCUUGUCGGAUUGGGAGAAGCUGGUUGGAGGAAGAAUGGACGACGCUGCUUGGGCUGAACCUAUCAAGCACGGCGUCGAGCACUUGUAUGGGUACUUGGCCAGAAGGGUGGACAUGGAAAUACUCGAUCCAAGGAAACAAUUCUGUAAAGACUGGAGUAUCAGGCCGUUAGAAGAAGUGAAAAAGGGCAUGAAGAAGCGACAUAGAGAGGAAGAGGACGAAAAAGAAACAAAACUGCGGAAGCUUCAGAGUGAAAAGGAUGAGGCAAUCCAACUCCUUGAGAUCAAGGAGAAAGAAAGAAGGCAGGUUGAAGAGGAGAAGGCAAAGGCUCUAAAGGAACUUGAAAAACAGCAGGAGAAGUACAAUAAGGAGGCAGCAAUGCUACAGGAGAAGCUAAUGGCAGCAGAAAGAGAGUAUAAAGUGAAGGUGCAAAGUCUGAAUGAAAAGGUGGAGUGUAUUGAUCGGGAUACCAGGACUGAGCGAGAGAGGCUUCAACGCCUCGUGGAGGAGGUGCAAUUUGCAAGGCAUGAGGAACUAAGAAAAUGGGAAGGAUUACAAGACAGGCAAAAACAGCCAACGGAUUGGAUGAAUUCAAAUGGUUUGAUGGUGCCUUCUUUGCGGGGAACGGAGAAUGUCCACUCAUCGCUGCCGUUGUUACCUGGAGAAGAGCCUUCUUCAGAAACGAACAAGAGGUUAUCAUUGGUACCCCAACUCUCAUCAGGCUCAUUUGGCUACCACUCGGGAGAUGGUUUGGGGAAGUCUUUUAUCGGAAGCUCAGACUUUGGUACUCAACAAGGAAGUAUUCUCUCUGUUCGUUCGUCAGGACUUGAUCCGCUAGGCACACAUCAACAAAAUCGCACUGGUGAUGGUCUGCUGGGCAGUUCACCAUACAGCCCUAAUACCUCCUCCUCUCUGCAUUCUCUACAAAUGCCAGCAGCAAAUAUGCUUGGUCCGCAGGGUGCCCUCGGUGCUGAGCACCCCCUAGGUGUUCAGGGCUCUCUAAUGCCUAAGGGUGCCCUUGCAGCCCAGGGGACUGUCAAUUCCCAGGUCCCUGUCGGCCUUCUUGGGACUUUUGGUUCGCAGGGAACUCUUAGUCAUCUGGGUGGCCUUGGUCCCGAAGGGACCCUCGGCCCUCAGAUUCAUCUUGGUUCAUCUCUAGGCUCAGGUCUGGGCUCGACUCUAGGUUCAAAUUUGGGCUCAACAAUUGGCUCAUCGAUGGGUUCGUCUACAGGUUCGUCUCUGAUUUCAUCUCUUUCUUCAACCAUUGAUUCAUCACUUGGCUCAUGUCUCACUUCAUCCCUUGGGGGGCUCAGCACUUCUUAUGGCACAUAUGGACGAUCGCUCGGAUCUUCUCUCGGGGCUCUUGGUCCCCCGUAUGGGUCAACAGCUGGCAUCUCACACAUCCCUCGCUCAACAACCUAUGACGACUUUAUGCCUGCGACGAAGUCGUCAUCCUAUGAGAGCGCUCUACCCCAGGCUGCCUCUGGUAACCUCUCUUUGGCCUCGUUGGGGGGCAAUUACCGAGAGAGUGCUUUGCCCUAUGGAUCGGACAUGCUCUCGUCAACUUCUCUCCAGCCCACACAUGGUUACAAGCCUGGGUACAGAAAACCAGGGAUGGGUACUGCAAAGGAGGGGGUUGGUAUGCAUGGUAGUGUUGCAGAUAAGCUAAUGUUAUCUAGCUCCUAUGGGAAGCCAUUGGGCACAUCUACAGAGAGCAUGUACAGCCUCUCAAACCCAACGAACGGCUUGGGGGAUGGGGUAUUUGGCCAUGGUAACAGCCAUGACCUUGAUGGACUGAUGAAUAGCCGCAGACCAGCAUUGGCUGGUGCCCCACUUACACAAGCAACACCACAGGAAGGCUUCACAAACAGCUACUUGGGGAGAAGUCUGCUUGAUGACUCAACCAAUGGUGAGAGCUGGCAAGCCUUCAGUUCCAAAAGAGUUGCAGGCCAGAUUGGAGAUCAUGACUCUUUUCAUCUAAUGGCUGGGGUGGAUUCACUUGUGCACCCUGUCAUGGGGGCCAGCCAUGGAGUGGGGCAAAGCUUUCGUUACUGAUGUGUGAGGCAAGCCUGUGGUUGGCAUUCUUCCUCUCUCCCCCUCUACCUCCACCUCUCCCUGCAAACCCUUCUUUCCGUGCUGUGCGCCCCACUCCCCCGUUCCCCCCAAGGUCCACUCUCUCUCUCUCCCUCUCCCUCUCCCUCUCCUCCUGCUCCCACUAUCCCUGCCUCACUUCUCCCCUACAAUCUCUGUGCCGUUGUCAAAUCUCCCCCUGCCGCCGUUACCCUCUGCACUCUUUCCUUUCAACCUGUUAAGAUUUCACCAGCCAGCUUGGAAGUUGGCAGUAGAGGACCUGCCUUUGCCGAAUAUCGCGCUAAGAGCAACCAAUGUUUGCAACGGAAUAUCGUGUGAUAUGGUUCUGUAUCGUCAGCAUUUCUGCUGCACUCAACAAGUGUCUGGAAGACUGGUAUGCUGGGAUCUGAUCACAUGAGACUGUCUGAAUGCAAUGCGAGAAGGGCUUGGUGGGUUUAUAAGCCAAAAUCCAUUGCAUGCUCCUGUUAGCUUAGUCAGGUCUGCGUCAUCAGUAAUAGUCUCAUGUUUUACAGAUUAGAUGGCGGGGGGUGAGUCAUACUUCGUCAUCUUCUUUGACAUAGAGAUGGUGGGAACUAGUAAAUUUUCCGUCGUCUACAGCUUGGUUGUCCCAGGGAGGUUUCAUAUCUGAAUAUCUUUCAGCUGCUUUUCUCCAGAGAAGCUCCCUUCUGCAGCUAUGCUUUCUGUCAUCUGCAGCUUGGUUAUUCUAAGAAUGUUGCAUGUCUUCCAUCUGCUUUUCAUCGAGGGAACCAUUGUAUAAUGUCUUACUUGUUGCUGUUAAGAGAGGGAGAGAGAGAGAGAGAGAGAGAGAGAGAGAGAGAGAGAGAGAGAGAGAGAGAGAGAGAGAGAGAGAGAGAGUGGGCUGAAGUCUUUGCCGAUCAACACAUUUGUGUUGUUAGUAAAACCAGCUGAGCGGA